UCUAACCAGUCCCACCAAAGGGUUCAGAUGGGAUCUUCAGCCAGGCGAGUCCUCAGAGACCGGAUCAAGGCGAACGCUUAGGGUCCAGGGAGGCGCGGGUCCGCACGCACACACGCGGCCCUUCUCUCCCGGGGGAUGAAGAAGCUGGCGCUGCUCUGGGAAGACACCAGGAGACACAGCCCCGGCAGGAGAGCAGGUUUUGAAGGCUGAAUUCCCUCCUGAAUGGCAGCUGCCAGCUGCCAGCCCCGGCUGCCUCUGCCCGACCUGCAAAUCGAUGCCGAGGGGAGGAGGGCUCAGCGAGCCAGCACGGGGUUCUUUCUGCAGGGGCUGACAUGCUGCUGAGCCAGAGAAGUUGACGAGCCCGCUCCCCUGCCUGGCUGUAGUGGGGAGGAUGCUGCCAGGCCCCGCGCUCGCUCCCCCAGCCCUCCCGCACGCUGAAGGUGACCAGCCGCCGCUGCAGCAUUUCAGUCUGUGACUGGGGAGGUGUGGGAAGAGAAAGGUGACUCUGGAUCCCUCCUCGGACUCAUCAUCGCCGAGCUGCUGCCGCUGGUGGUGGGGGAAACAUUUGCCCGCCCUUGCUGGGAUCAGUGCAGCUGCUUUUGCUUGGUGGAUGCGUAUGCAUGAGUUCUGCACCGAAUGGGCGCAAGAAGCGCCCCAGGACCGCGGGCUCUAUCUUCCAGAUCAGCAAGCCCCCCCUCCCCGGCAGGGACGGGGAGCGCCGGGGCAGCGGCUCUGAGACCUCCUACAAAACCCAGAGAGCCCUGGAGGACUGCAAGAUGCUUGUUCAGGAGUUCAAUACCCUGGUGGCUCUGUACCGGGAGUUAGUCAUUUCCAUUGGGGACGUCUCCGUCAAUUGUCCGUCUCUACAUGCUGAGAUGCAAAAGACUAGAACCAAAGGAUGUGAGAUGGCCUAUCAGGCGCACCAAAAACUAGCAGCGAUCUCUGGCCCAGAAGAUGGAGAGAUUCAUCCUGAAAUCUGUAGACUAUACAUUCAGUUGCAAUGUUGCUUAGAAAUGUACACAACAGAGAUGCUCAAGUCCAUAUGUCUCCUAGGAUCCCUCCAGUUUCAUCGGAAAGGAAAAGAGCCGUGUGCAACAGUCAAGAUCCUAGACAAUAAAAUGGAGGAGAGUUCAGAAGUACCUAUUUUAGAAGACACAUCAUCUUCACCAAUAGAUAUUCAACAGCAUUCAUGGCAGGUUUCCACUGAUAUUGAAAACACUGAAAGAGACAUGAGAGAAAUGAAAAACCUUUUAAGCAAACUCAGGGAGACUAUGCCUUUACCAUUGAAAAAUCAAGAUGAUAGCAGUCUCCUAAACCUGACUCCUUAUCCAUUAGUGAGAAGACCGAAGCGAAGAUUCUUUGGACUGUGCUGUCUUGUCUCAAGCUAAAAAAUUCAGUACAGAAACACCAAGAAAACCAUAACUGUCAUGAAACCAAUAGUAUUUGACCUUUGAAAGGAUAAACCUUACUGCUCUUAAUUAUAUGGCUUUUUCUACACUGCCCUAUUCCUUCUCCCCCAGCUCUUUUCAAAAUGGAGUUUUACAGUUCAAAGUUGUUGCUCUCAAGAACCAGAAAGGGAACAGAUUUAUCAUCAUCAUGGUUUCGGGGGUUUUUUGUUUAAAAUUUUGUAAUGACAUUCCACAUGUCUACUUUAAACCAUUCAGUGACUAGAUGCAGGAAUUAUGGUUACUAGCUCAUCCUAAAGCUUUUUUAUUACACAAACCACAAAAGAAUUUGUGUACAGUACAAAACUAUGACUAUAACUCUUACUAGGAUCACAUUAAUAGAAUAUGAUCAAAUAUUGUAAACAAUCUUUAAACAUUGAAAUAGUUUUCUAACAUCAAAACAUGUUAAACUUCUAAUAUUAAGAACAAAACUAUUGUAACAGAACAUGCACAAACUCUCCUAUUGCUUUUUGUGCUCUCAUUCAUAUUUAGUCUUCCACUAUAAUCUCAAUUUAGCAAAGAACUUCACAGUAAAAUCUCUUAAUUUAUCAUGCUCAAAAUCAUAUAUGAAAAAUAUUCAUAUUUGUAAAUACAAAGUAAUCAUAAUAUCUACAUACUGUACAGUACAUAGAAGUUAAUUAAUUUCCUUUUAAACCAAUGGUGUCUAUUUCAACUUUUGGAAGAAAGGAGCAACGGAGUUAAAAGAUGGUGUAGUACAAUAUACAAUUAUCCUUUAACAUAAAGCAGAAAAUACUUUGUUUCCAUUAAAAGUUGAAGCAUGGUGUCUGCACAUCAACUUAGUGUUAACUCUUAUAGGGCAUGCCAGAAUUAGCUCAGACUGUAAAAUAUUAAGCAUUUUACAUUGUUAAUAAAGUUUUUUAGGUAAACUAAAAAUUGUCUGCUUUCUAAUUAUUAUAUCACUAGGAAAUCAAUUGACUAUAAUGUCUCAGUAAUAGUAUUCGCUCCAUUUUCAAGAAUGCUGUUCUCAGAGGAAGACAACAAACUACAAUCAGCCCACAUAUAUUAUUUAGACUGAUAAUUAGUGGCAAUGUUCUGUAUUGCAGGACACAGAUAUUGGAAUUAUUGUCUCAGACACUGAGGGAAGACAGACAAGACACCAAGAAUAUGCUUUAACUGGGCUGCAGCUUUAUUAAGUAACGUAUCUGGGAACUAUUCCAGGGCAGGUCACUCUUCCCUUGCAAUCUGUAACACCUGGCAGAGGGCUG